AUGUCCCAAACUAAUGAAUAUAAGCCCAAAAAGUCUGCUUCUCAGCAAAUUUCCCUUUUAUCUGGUUUCUUAGCUGGUGGGCUUGCUUCUUGUGGAGCUGUAACAUUCACUAAUCCUAUUGAAUUAGUGAAAACAAGAAUGCAACUUCAAGGUGAAUUGCUCAAAAGAGCUCAAGUUAAAACCAUUCCAUAUCAUAAUCCUGUUCAAGCUUUAUACGUGAUAUACAAAAAUGAAGGUCUUCGAGGUCUUCAAAAAGGAUUAUUUUGUGCUUAUAUUUAUCAAAUCGCUCUAAAUGGUUGCAGAUAUGGGCUAUAUGAACCUAUUCGAAAAAACUUUAACCAAAUAUUUUAUCCAAAUCAAGAUCCACAUAUUAUUCAAAAGGUUCCCAUCAAUAUCCUUUCCGGUGCUUUAUCUGGUAUGGCUGGAGCUGCUUUAGGUUCUCCAUUAUAUCUUAUCAAAACAAGAAUGCAAUCGUACACAGCUUCUUCUACUAUCCAGGUUGGCCAGCAAACUCAUUACAAUAAUUUUUAUCAAGGAUUAAUAAACAUUUAUAAAAACGAGAAUGGAAUUAAAGGUUUGUUUAGAGGUGUCGAUGCUGCUGUAUUUAGAACAGGAGUUGGUUCAGCAGUUCAGUUGCCAUCAUAUUAUCUUUUCAAACAUAAAUUGCUAGAUUCAAGAUACUUUAAUGGUUCAGACUCUUUUGCGCUUCAUUUAUCAGCGAGUACAUUAGCAGGAGUAUUAGUUAGUAUUGUUAUGAAUCCAUUUGAUGUUGUUUUAACCAGAAUUUAUAACCAAAAGGGAAAUUUAUAUCGAAAUCCUAUCGAUUGUUUUAUUAAAACAAUAAAAACCGAAGGGUUUGGAGCAUUGUAUAAAGGAUUAUUUGCACAAAUGUUUAGAAUGGCUCCUCAUUCAAUUUUAUGUUUAAUAUUCAUGGAACAAACUAUGAGAGCCGCUAAAAAAUUAGAAGACUCUUUUAGUAUUACGUUUGAAGACAAUCAAUUUUUUUCAUAA